CCCCGAAAAGUAAAACGCAAGAUCAGAUUAUUUACAGAAACACCCCACUACCGGUCUUCUCCCAACCUUCUUCCUCUUGUCUUCUCUUCUUCCCGUUCUCCCCGCUCUUCUUUAACUCUCCCCAUCGAUAAGCAAGAAGAAUCUCCAUCGAUUAGCAAGAAGAAAGAAGGAAUAAAGAAGAAGAAGAAGCAUGGGCCAAUCAUCAAGCAAUUCGAGAAGAAACGACUACCACCGUCAAAAUCCCUCGUUCUCCUACUCUUCUCCUCCUCCUGGUCCGAACCAGUCCGCUACUUCUUCCUCGCAUCUCCCGAUAUCUCCGCCGCUUCCACCGCCAUCGCAGCCGCCGCCGCCUCGCUCCAACUAUAGCACGCCCUACCCGAUGCCUUCGCCUCCUAACCCUAGCACUUCUUAUUACCACCAAUCCAGCCCUUGGACGUGCCGGCCUCAGCACCCACAGCACUAUGGCCCCGGUCGGAGCGGUGGUUGGUGGAUGCCACCGCCUCCGCCGCCGCCGAUCCACUCUCCCAGGAUGGCUGGUCAGCCGCAGGCGCUGCCGCCGCCACCGUUCGUCGAGCAGACCAAGACGGUGAAGAACGAUGUCAACGUGCAUAAGGAUUCGAUACGGCUGGUGCCUGAUGAGCAGAACGCCGAUCAUCAUCUGGUCUCUUUCACCUUUGACGCCAUGGUCGAUGGGAGUGUUACAAUUUAUUACUUCGCCAAGGAAGGGGCCAAUGCCACUAUCUCUUCUAUAUAUGUGGAUAUAUACACACCUAAAGGAAUAACCUUUCUUAAGGGACUUGGACAGACAUUCAUCCAACCUUCAGGAUCUGGUAUUGACUUGGGAUUCUUCGAUUUGGAUGAGCUCUCAAAGCCAUUAGAAGGUGAUGUCUUCCCUUUGGUAAUAUAUGCCAAAUCUUGCCGACCAUCCCCAUCCAAAGAUGUUCAUGGUAUCCAAUCUUCAAGUCCUGCUCAUGCGCAGAUCACUCAAGCUGUCAUAGAGAAGAGUAAUGAUGGGAAUUUUAAAGUCAAGGUAGUAAAGCAGAUAUUGUGGGUUGAAGACGAACGAUACGAACUACAAGAAAUCUUCGGCCUGAGCCCAGUUGAAGCAAAAAUUAGUGGUGGAGAUGAUGAUGAUAUGGGAAAAGAAUGCGUAAUCUGUCUGUCAGAACCAAGAGAUACCACUGUACUUCCUUGUAGGCACAUGUGCAUGUGUGGUGUUUGCGCGAAAGCAUUAAGGCUGCAAUCAAAUAAAUGUCCAAUAUGCCGUCAACCUGUUGAACAAUUGAUGGAGAUUAAGGUCAAUACCGCUGACCCAUGAUAGACUUCAAGGUCUCUUGGUAAUUGCCUUUAGUUCAGUUGGAACAUGAAGAAAUUCAACUCAGGUUGAAGACGGCACACAAACACCAAAAUAACUGGGGCAUCAUUCCUGGUUGAUUCUUAAAUUGCUUUCAGAAGACUUCCUGAUACAAGCUAUUUGAGUUAUCAUAAAUUUCCAGCCUAAAUUCCACUUUGAAGCAUAUAUCAUAGUAAGAAGUGUGAAUAUUUACUGAUUAUUUGUGAGCAGCUUUCUUUUACUUGCAUGUGCAACAUCUUCAGUAAGGACUGGUCUACACAUGUAGUGAUCCUUAUGUAAAUGAGGUAUGAAUUUACGCCCAUAUUUUUGACCAAUGUGCAGAAUGUCUGCAUUUGUUGAUGCAAUGUAUGCCUUAUGUAUGAUUUCAAACAA